AUGUUACGCUCUGAGCGGGUCCCAUGGGCAGUUGCAUGUCUAGCAUUUUACUUCCUUGUUCAACAUUCACCUGUGGAAUCACUGCCAGCCGGAGGGUUACGCAAAUCUGAUGUUCAGAGCUCGAGUGACGCUUUACCCAAUGGCCUGAAACUACAAAACCUACAUAUCUUAUUCCGCCAUGGUGAUCGCACCGCAUUAGGACCGAUGUUGAAAGAUACCAGGCCUUUCGAGGAGACUUGGCCACUUGGUCGUGGUCAGCUGACUGAGGAAGGUGUGCUGCAAGAAUUCAAGCUUGGAAUGUGGUUGCGCCAGAAAUACGACGGUUUUAUACAUAAAAAAUACAACGCUUCAAAUUUCUAUUUGCGAAGCACUGAUUAUGACAGGACACUCAUGUCUGCUCAGGCGGUGGCUGCAGGACUCUAUCAGGACAUUACUUCUCCACUAAAAUCUUACGGAAUCGCGUGGACGCCGAUUCCUGUGCACACUGUACGGAGGGACAGAGAAACUCUUCUCAGCCUAUCCUUCUGCCAUCGUUUAGAAUUGCUGCGGAAAGAAGAAAUGACUUCCAAAAAAGCAGACGAAUAUGCUGAGUCCCACAAAGCACUAUUUGAUCUAAUCAACAAGCAAUCAGUGACAGAAAAAAUUGAUCGGUUUAAUAUUUGGAAGCUUUCUGAUCAGUUUGUAUGCAUGAGAGCCCACAAGAUGGCACUUCCUAGUUGGUGUACAGAAGAAAUUUUCCAAGAAAUCGAAGAAGUUUCUAAAUUCUUUUGGUUGUUACAGUCUAACAGCUCGGAGGAUCUACUCCAGAUGGAAAUCGGCGUAUAUCUUAACACCUUCGUUGAACACCUCAAAUCCAUCACUACUUGUAAUAAACCAAUUAUAAUAAACGGACGCCAGCUGGGCUUGAAGCAUACGGUGGCCUAUUCUGCCCAUGACACACAUGUCAGUUAUUUGAUAGGCGCUUUUGGGGCAUCAACGAAGGGAAAAAUUCCGUAUUCAUCGGCAAUAAUUCUGGAAUUGCUCGGACCAGACAAGCCUUCUUCUCCUGAAAAUUACCGCCUUCGUCUACACUUCAAGCAAGGAUAUCCUGAUGAGACAGGUGAAUAUUUGAGCAUUAAGCCAUGUGCUGAUCAACGGGCAGCAGAUGGAUGCCCGCUGAACUUGGUUUUGAAACAUCUCCAGCCCUAUCUGAUUGAUGCGGAUAAGUAUUCUGAGCUAUGCUCUGGACAGCCUCACACUGGCCCUUUUAUUCUUUACUUUCUUCCAGCCUAUUCGACCAUGAUUUCUGGAAGAAACGUGAUGAGCUACAAAUCUAUCACCUUAUAUUCAGCCAUCCUUUGUUCAUUUCUGGUAUCCGCAAAAGCAAUGGUUCGACAAGACAUAAGAAAAAGUUGUCCAGACAACAACUUACCUCCUGGAAUGAUACUGCAAAACUUACAUUUAGUAUUUCGCCAUGGUGAUCGGACUCCACUGGAACAAAUGUUAAACGAUUCUGCGCCAUUUGAAGAGAUAUGGCCUCUUGGUCGCGGUCAGCUAACUGACAAGGGAGUUUUACAAAGCUUCAAACUUGGAAUGUGGUUGCGUCAGCACUACGAUUGUUACCUUAAGCCUCAGUACAAUGCUUCGGACUUUUAUAUACGAAGUACUGAUUAUGACAGAACACUCAUGUCUGCCCAGGCAGUGGCCGCAGGUCUUUAUCCACAGAACUCAUCGCCCUUGGAAUCAUACGGGAUCCAGUGGAAACCCAUUCCCGUGCACACCGUUCCCAGAGACAAAGAGACUUUGUUAAGCUCAUCAACAUGUAGCCACUUGGAAGCCUUACGUCAUACCGCGAUGACAUCGGAAACAGCGAUCAGUCUCCUCGAGGCUCACAGGUCUCUGUUUGACUUGAUAAAUGCCAAUCAGAUGAAGGUGAAAAUCGAUCAAUUCAACAGCUGGAAACUCAAUGACAUGUUCAUAUGCAUGAGAGCUCACAACAUAUCCCUUCCAAGCUGGUGUACGGAAGAAAUAUUUCAAGAACUGGAUGAAGUGGGGACACAUUUAUGGCUGUUGGAGUCCAACAGCACGAAUGAACUAAUAAAGAUCGAGAUAGGAGUGUUCCUGAAAGCUUUUGUUGAACAUCUUGGAACCAUAGCAGGAGGUGAUGGUUCAGUUAAACUGAAGAACGGACGUAUCCUGCAACCGAAGCAUAUUAUGUCUUAUUCUGCCCACGACACGCAUGUUGGUUAUAUUUUGGGUGCCAUGGGAGUGCUGAAAUUUGAGAAAGUACCAUACGCCGGUGCAGUAAUACUCGAAUUGAUUGGACCAGAUCCACCUUCCUCCCUUGAAAACUACCGAUUGCGCCUGCGCUAUAAGCAGGGAUAUUCAGAUGAAAUUGGCGAAUAUCGAACUCUACCAUCGUGUCCUGGUCAGAAGGAAAUAGAGGGAUGCCCGCUGGAUCUGGUUAUACAGCACCUUGAACCAUUUCUGUUGGAUGCAGAAGAGUAUUCCAAGUUGUGCUCUGAACCGUCUCACAAUGUAAGGGCUUUCAACCCAUGGGAAGCACGCCCCAACUGGCCUUUGGUCUGCCUUGCCUGCGUGUUUUUCUUAUGUUGGAAUUGACUGCGUAAUUCGUACCUUGUCAUCGUUUUUGGAGAAAAAUCGUCUAGCCAGUCUUAUUCUAACGUGAAACUGAUUGAUUCCCUUGAAUUUUACUAAUAUUUUCCGCAAAAAUUUUUGAAAACUUCUCAUUAUUUAGAUGUCAAUGUGAUGUUUAUGUACGCAUUUUUAUUAUACGAUAAAACAA